AUGGAGCCAGACCGUAUUGGACCUGAUUUGACGCCCAGACGUCCCUUCAAAGACAGAAUUGCUGACAUGCCGCGCCGUGCUGUCAAGACGUUCACGACGAGGGAAGGACUUAUCGGUGAAUACGACUACGCUUUCCUCUUCACCCCUAGACUGCCGUUCAUGAAGAAGUCUCAGCAGACUGCGCCUUUCUUUGGCCUCAACGACAAGAUGCCAAUAUUACUUGCUCUUAUCCUCGGCUUUCAACACGCCUUGGCGAUGCUCGCGGGCCUGAUCACGCCGCCCAUUAUCUUGUCAGGCUCAGGUGGUGCCGCUUUAGAGCCGCAGACCGCUCAGUAUUUGGUCUCUACCAGUCUUAUAGUCUGUGGACUGUUGUCUGCGGUACAGAUCACCCGUUUCCAUAUCUACAAAACGCCUUACUAUAUCGGCACCGGGCUGAUCAGCGUUGUCGGCACUUCAUUUGCAACUAUCCCGGUCUCGUUGGGUGGUUUGUCCCAGAUGUACGCCUCAGGAUUCUGUCCAACGGGUCCCCCGUCAGAACCUGGCGGCGAUCGAGUCCGGCUACCUUGUCCGCAGGGAUACGGUGCUAUACUCGGCACUGCCUGCAUCUGCUCUUUGCUGGAGAUCUGCUUGUCAUUCGCGCCAGCAAAGGUGCUGAAGAGAGUGUUUCCGCCCCUUGUAACGGGGCCGACUGUUGUACUCAUUGGAGUCAACCUGAUUGGUACGGGUUUUGAGAACUGGGCUGGUGGCUCUGGAGCUUGCCGGUCGCGCCCUGAAGAAGGACUCUUCCAGAACUGUCCUAACAACAACGCGCCGCAUCCCUUGCCCUGGGGGUCUGCGGAGUUCGUUGGGCUUGGGUUCAGCGUUUUCGUGACAAUCAUCCUGUGUGAACGAUUUGGGAGUCCAAUCAUGAAAUCGUGUGCGGUUGUCGUCGGACUACUGGUAGGCUGCAUUAUUGCUGCGGCGACCAAUUACUUUGACGAUUCCGGCAUCAGGAGUGCCAAACCGGUCUCUUUUAUCUGGGUUGAGACCUUUCCCCUAUCAUUAUACGGCCCAAUGGUUCUCCCUUUCCUAGCGGUAUUCCUGGUCCUGAUGAUGGAAGCGAUAGGAGAUAUCACGGCAAGUUGUGAUGUCUCUCGACUGGAGGUCGAAGGCCGCGUCUUCGAGUCGCGUAUACAAGGUGGUGUGCUCGCCGACGGCCUCAACGGCAUGCUGGCUUGCCUCGGCACUAUCACCCCGGUCUCUACUUUCGCUCAGAACAACGGUGUUAUCGCCCUCACUCGCUGUGCCAAUAGGAAAGCUGGCUAUUGCUGUUGCUUCUUUCUGAUAGUGAUGGGGGUCUUCUCCAAGUUCGCAGCAGCACUGGUUGCGAUUCCCUCUGCUGUUUUAGGCGGCAUGACGACCUUUUUGUUCUCAGCGGUCGCCAUAUCUGGUAUCCGCAUCAUCUCAACAGUCCCCUUCACACGGCGCAAUCGGUUCAUCUUGACGGCAGCAAUGUCGAUUGGUUUUGGUGCUACAUUAGUCCCGGACUGGUUCGAGCACGUCUUUACGUAUGAAGGCGAUAACUCUGCACUAAGAGGUUUGAUGAAUGCUAUCAAGCUUGUCAUGGAGACCGGUUUUGCUGUGACAGCGUUCCUUUCCCUCAUCCUGAACCUCGUCCUCCCCGAGGAUAUCGAAGACGAGGCGGUGGAUACUACUGCAAACACUGCAGACGGAGUGGAUGACAAAGAGAACUGGGAGCGAAUUAGGCGGCCUUCUCAGAUGAAACGGAUGCGCCAAAGUCAAGACGCUGCGACCCGUGCCAGCACUGACAUGGAAGCGCAAGGUGAACCAGAAAAGCGUAAUGUUAUCAAGAAUGAGUAG